CGGAAGUAAUUGUCAAAACACCAGCGCUCCAUGCCACCACAGAACAUUUAAGUGAUGUCUACUUUUCCAAGGAUAUCCCUGAGACCUGAAGUCACUGAUUAUCUCAAGAAUGUCUUCUUAAACAAGGAGGUGUUAGCAGCAGUCGGCCAUCAGGAGGCAGAAAGUCGUUUCCAGAGGCUGCUCACAUGUCUGUCUCACCCUCCUUCUUACACUUGUGUUCGGGCCAGUACUCAUCUCGCUCCCCUGGAAGAGAUCAGACAAAAGUUAGGGGAGGAGCUCAAAAAGCAGCAGAUGUGCACCUCAACAGAAAAGGAGGUCUCAGUUCAGAUUCUUCCUCACCCACGUAUUCCAGAUGUGCUGCUGCUUCCUGUCGAUGGCCCGAGACCUGUGGAGCAGCUCAGCUCAGAGGUGGUGGUUGGCGCUCAGUGUGGCAGUGCUGUCCUCAGAGGCGCCAAUGUCUUUGUCCCGGGGAUCCUAGCCAGCCCCAAGUUCAUGAAGGCUGGCGAUGUGGUGUCUGUCUUCUCUGACUUGGAGGGUCGCUGCACCCGAGGAGCCACAAGCUUCCAGGGAAUGAGAGGGUUUGUGGGAAAUGGAGUUGCUCAAAUAGACCGCUCCGGCAUCUUCUGCACAGAUGUAGCUGCCAAGGGAGUAGGUGUUCGGAUGGUAGAGCCACUUUACCAGAGCCCUUCCUUUGAUGGUGUUCUACCAAACCUGGCAUUCCUGCAGAACCUUCCCUCUGUAGUGGUGGGACAUGUUCUCGGGCCUCUUCCUGGAGAACGGAUCCUGGAUAUGUGCGCUGCGCCCGGAGGGAAGACCUGCCACAUCGCUGCGCUCAUGAGGGAUCAGGGUGAGGUCGUGGCCCUGGAGAAAAUCAAAAAUAAGAUUGAUCGAAUUCGUCAAAAUGCCAAAAUGUUGCAAUUAAACUCAGUUAAAGUGUAUUGCUUUAACAGCACUAAAGCUGUGAGCAGCGACUCUGCACAGGAGCAUGAAGGACCUCCUUUCCCUGCUGAAAGUUUCGACCGGGUUCUCCUGGACGCCCCCUGCAGUGGCCUCGGGCAGAGACCCAGCAUGUCCUGUACCUGGAGCCUGAAGGAGCUCUGUUCCUACCAGCCUCUGCAGCGCAAGUUAUUCCACGCUGCAGUGCAGUUGGUGAAGAAAGGUGGGGUUCUUGUGUACAGCACCUGCACAGUGACUCUAGCAGAGAAUGAGGAGCAGGUAGCGUGGGCCCUGGAGACCUUCCCCUGCCUCACGCUCCAGCCUCAGGAGCCUCAUAUUGGCUCAGAAGGCAUGCUGGGAGCUGGCCUGUCACCUGAGCAGCUGCACCUCCUCCAGAGAUUCAGUCCGGAGCUGACCUGGGACCAGACAGGAGCGGCGGCCCCCCUCCCCUACAGAGCCGACAGGGACACCAUCGGUUUCUUUAUUGCUAAGUUCCUGAAAAAGUGACUGUGGGGCAUGUUUUCUCUUACAACACCAUCGGCUCUACCAUGAGACUGCAGACGGGAACAAUAGUGUUUAUAUUACAAAACUGUGUGCUUUGACGGGGUAGUGUUGACAAAGACGCUCACUGUGCUGUUUACAGCAUCUGCCUCUUAACAGCUGCUCUCUGAAACUGCAGGCCAUAUAGGGAUAAGCUGUAUAAACACCGAGGGCAGGAGAGAGGGUGGGAGGAAGGAGGGAGGCACGUGGGGAUGGAGAGUGAAUGAGUAUUGGCAAAUGCAGCAGUGCUUGCAUUGCCAUAACAACAGUGACGACACAGCUGCCAUGGUGACCGUGGAUUCGCUGGAUUUCAGAGAUCAGGAAGUCGCGUGCAGAAAGAGGUCAUCAGUGGCAUUAACAAUUUAGUGUCUUUUAGUAGUUGUGGGGAUAACUGGGACCUCUAAUUCAGACUUGUGCUAUUCGUAAGAGAAAUUAUGCUGUGUGUAGUUCAGUCACUAUAAAUAAAUUAUUUGUUUUCAAAAUAAAAGUUCCUUUAAAUAAAAAA